GGGCAACGGAUCCAGUAUAUUGUUACGCAUUUUAUUUCUCAACUGCUUAUUAUAUUCAUUUAAAGUGUAAAAGACUGUGUACUACUAUAAUUACGGCAUUAUGAGAUAAUUUUGUGUUAAAAUGUCCGUUGAAGUGCACGAAAACAUGAACUCAGUUGUCAUUCUCAGUGCGCACUGUCUUUUUCUUGUACUGGAGUCCUGUCUGAAGCCUUGAGAAGCGGAUUGGACUCGAGCUUUAGAUGAGCGCGCAACAAAACUUAUCAAACAACGCAACUGAGUUUUAUGUAUCUAGUCAUCAGAUCUGCACCCACACAGAACAGGGUAACUAAAAGAAGAAUUCAUCUUUUUACUGCUGUAUGAGACCUCAGUCCAGUUUUAACAUCCCUUGUUUCUCAACAACUCAAGAAGACGAAGGCAGAGGAAUGGCUGCAUUAGGUGGACUUGGAGUUAAGGUCGCGCGACCGGGUAAAAGAACGAGACAACAUCGGCUGAGUGACAGCUCGGAGGGCAAGAUCAAGUUGUCAUUUUUGGUCGCAGUCAUAGGUGUUACUCUGACGAUACUGGGUAUGGGCACAGAGUUCUGGGUGGAGCUAUCCCAACCAAAACACUUCAGGAACAACCAGACAUGUGAGAUGGCACAUUACGGCCUUUGGAAAUCAUGCGUGCGCACACUAUGGGUGUCAGAUAUCGACCCGGAGAGAGAGUCCUGUGGACCGGUAGAACUGCAUGGAGAAUCAAACUGCACAUACUUUAAAUUCUACACUUCAGGGGAAAAUGGUGUUAUAUUUAAGAAAACGACAGAUAAAGGUCUGCAUAUUGCAGCUGCAAUGUUGGCUUUGUUCAGUUUGUUUCUGAUGAUCAUGGGCUCUGUGUGUAUCACCAUGUCACUCAGUAAAAGUGUGCUCUUCUUCUUGAAACCUGCAACCGUCUGCUUCGUCCUCUCAGGUGUUCUGGUAUUCUUGUCCCUCAUUGUUUUCCACCAAUCUGUACUGGCCUUCCUGGCGAGCGACCACACUAUCCCUCUCCAUCAUGAGAUGUCCUGGUCAGUAGCGUGUGUGGGUUCGGCCGGGGCCAUUCUCAUCUUUGCUGGGGUUUUGUUCCUGUUGCUUUCUCUUCCCUUCAGUCCUCUGGACAAAUGUUUCCGCCAGCAGAGCAAUAGCAAUGCUUAGCCGUGCCGGGACCGCCAUUGAGUUAAGCAGCAGAAGCUCUUUUAUAGUCCACUGCUGCUGAAGAAUAAAUUCAUUGAUGUUAUAAAUAACUUGUGAACCAUUCAAUAUACAGAGUAGCUAAUUUUUAUAAUGUUUUGCACACUGGUAUUAGCCUUGCUUGUCAAUAAGGUUGUCAGUACAUUAAAGCUAAUACUGUACAUGUCAGAAAUCAAACCGAUGUAACUUUGAUGGCUCUGUAUAUUAAGUCAGUGACCAACAGAUCUGUUUACUGUUUCAUUUACAUGACUUGCUGUGCUAUGACGCUUUGUCUAAUUAAUCUGCAUUGCUGAUACUUUAUUGUACGGUAUAAGUACAAAACGAAAUACAUUGAUUUCUUACUGCUUGCAUUUGUAUAUUGAAGGGGCAUAUCUCAUGCUUUCUUGAGAAAUAGCCCAUCCCUGCUAUAAGUUUGCAUUUGCAUGACUAACUGGUGGGCCAGCAACACCAUUUUAUUGAAUAGUGUUGGUUAUUAAAUCUGCGUAAUCUGACGCUAGUUGCUUAAUAAAGUCUUAGUAGUUAAGCGUGGUUUGGGCACUAGCAUACCAGAUCACAUUACGUGCAGGGUUUUCAAUAAACAAUAUAACUGCAGACAAGACAUAUUAAAUGUCCAUCCAUAGGUUUAAUAGAAUGGGGUGUUAUUUAUACUUGCGUUGAAUUGUAUUAUGCAUUAACUAGAUGUGUUUCUAUUGUGCGUGAUGUGGAUAAAACAGAGCCACUGUUUAGCCACAAUUCAGUGUAAAUAAUUUGUGAUUAUAUUGUUGUCCAUUAGGUUUAAUAGAGCUUCAUCACAUCCCACGUUUCUUUAUUUACUCGAUCCAAACUUUCUCUAUUUCUGUCACUCUGUGUUCGUCACACUCUUUUGCUUGAGGAUUAAAUCUCUUUCACCUAAGAAA